ACAAUGCAACGGCUCAAUGUUAAGCUGGUUCAAUCGGCCGGUCUAGUCCGGGUUUUAAAAUACUGUAGAAAACUAAGAAACAAAAAGAGAAAUAAAGAAACGGUGCUACCAAAUUAUCCUAUGCAAGAUAAUUUGUAGAAUAUCUACCAAAUUGAUGGAGAAUAUUAAUAUCAUACUUAAAAUUAAAAAUCCGAUGAAGAAUAUUAAUAUUAUACUUAGUAAAAUAAUAUCAAUUUCGAAAAGUUAUUAUUAUUAUUUAGUCCUCCACCUUCCACUGUAACAAAGCAGUAUAAAAACUGGGCAUGGUUAGGACCACCGGUUCAAAUUAUGGCGCAAAAGCGAAGGGGCGAACAAGCAAAAGCUCUGCACUAAAGGCAGAGUUCCUCACUUCCGAUCAUCUGGUUUCCGCCUUCAAAUUGAUUCAUCUCAGCUACACUAUAAGCUCUCAAUCUUAGUGAAAAUGUCCGGCGUAGAAUGUGAUCUGAAUUUAGGUUAGAUAAUCAAUUGCAAUUUGCAAUCGCAGGCAAUUUCAAUGGAAAACCAGCGCGAUUUCAAAGCUCCGAAGUUCAAGCCCUUCGACGGCGCACUCUCACCCUUGAACGCGCUGAAUUUCUCCGGCCGCCGAUACAACACGAUGUUCGAUCCAUACGCGUCCGACAGCUCCAACUCUCCAUCUCCACUGAUGAAAUACCUGCGAUGCGCCGAUCCGUCGGCCGCCGCCGCCGCUUCAAGGACGCCGUUCAUUUCGCCGGUGAAGGUCGAGGAGGAUGUCAUUGUUAUGGACGGAAUUCCCGUGCCAAAGUCCAGUAAAGGAAGCGGAGACGCCAGAAUGAGGUCGCCGCUGACUCCAUCCAAUUCCGUCAAUUGCAGUUUCACCGGCUACAGGUCGCCGUCGCCGGGCAGUGGCGUUAGAGCCACCGGGAUUGAGAACAUCAAAUACCACAGGAAUAAGCCCUGCCGUUUUUGGGAGACUGGUGGAAUAUGCCAAUUUGGUUCCGAUUGCCAGUUUGCGCACGGCAAAGAGGAGCUGCGUUCCCCUCGUUCCUCGGGCAAGAUCAAAAUUGAGAUCUCGAAAUCGAACAGCAGCAGUUCAGUGGGAUCAAACUCAUCAUCAUAUGGCAAAAAGCGUUCCCCAAUUAGCAAAGUCAAAGCAGCACCAUCACCUUCUGGGAGUGCUAAUUCCACCACCACAAUCCCGGAUUCUAAUCCUCCCAGAUCUGAUUGGAGCCCCUGUGAUGAUGGGAUUGACACCACUAUCCCUUGUGGAUCAAUGGAGGAAGACGUCGACGCUUACAUAGCGAGGGUGCUUUACGGGACUAAUUCGAGAAAGAGGUUGGCUGUGUUUGAGGAGAUUUGCCCUGAGAAUGUGGAUUGA